AUGGGUCUCCAUCCGGCUUUGAGCAAUCAAAUUCAACCGAGAACAGCUGGCAACAAGGCAACUGAAACGGAGAAAGUCUCUGUUUCAGUUGCCUUGGCCGCGUUCUCCUUCACGGCUGCUCAGCAUCAGUUCUCGUACGAAAACAACGCCUUCACAUCACAGCUUGGACUUUUUGCAGCCGCGGAGGACUGGCCGCUGGAGUUCCCGACCUGCGGAGGAGGCCGCCAGUCCCCGAUCGACCUGAGCGGCGUCGUCCCGGCCGACCUGGGACCCUUCCGCUUCCGCGACUACCACCGCGCGCCCGACGAGGUCACCGUCUCCAACAACGGGCAGACGUCGAUGGUGACAUUCAGCACGAGAAAGACACCGAGAGUGUCCGGAGGCGGUUUACCUGGAUUGUACGUGCUCGACCAGCUCCAUUUCCACUGGGGCUCCAACCCGUACCGGGGAUCUGAGCACACCCUCUUCGGCUUCAGAUUCCCGAUGGAGAUGCACAUGGUGCACUUCAAUUCCAAGUUCGAGAAUUUCACGGAAGCGCUUGCCUCGGAGGAACCGACCGCUGUCGCCGUCUUCGGCUUCUUCCUCGAGGUGUCAAAAGACUGGAUCCCAAUUUGGGAUAAUCUGGUGAGAGCGCUGAGCCACGUGAAGGAGCCGGACACGGAGCACCCGGUGAACCCACCCACCCCGCCGUCCCGCUGGCUGCCGACUGGCCCGAGCCGCUUCUACCGGUACUACGGCUCGCUCACGACGCCUGCCUGCGAUCAGGUGGUCGUCUGGACGCUCUUCGAGACUCCCAUCCCCAUCGGCUUGCGACAGUGGGAGCAAUGGAACCGCCUGAGGACGAUGGCCGGGACCAAGCUGACGAACAACAUCCGACCGCUGCAAGCCCGGAACGGCCGAAAAAUCCUGUACGAUGAUUGUUUCCACUGCUUUCGCGAUAACAAAGCGAAGCGAAAAAGGAAGUGGCGGAAAAAGAUAGUUCCGAUAGCUGGCGAUAGUUGGCCGACGUGGGGCCCUGUUCAGCCCACAUUUCCUUGGGAUUUCGAGUCCCCUACAGCCUGA